AUGCUAAAAAGUUUAGUUAAGGAAGAGGAUUUUGAUCCUUUUCUGCAAAAUAAUCAAAAUAAACGAGUGCUGGUGAAGUUUUCGACCGUUUGGUGUCCGCCUUGCCAGGUGUUGCAAAAAAGUAUUGAGGAAUUGUUGAACGAGUUGGAGACAACCGCUGGGCAACCAAAGGAUUUAAUAGUGUUGCAAGUUGACGCUGAAAAAUUUCCCCGGUUGGCUCAACGGCCCCUCUUCAAUGUAGAAGCCGAUGCUAAUCGGGUUUUGAUUAAGGGAGAACCUAAAAGUAGUGAUUUGGAAGUAAAAGUAAUUGAUGAAGAAGGAGUUAGUGAUUAUCAGGAUACGGAUGAAAAGAACAUUGAAUAUAUCAUAAAAAAGGCUGAUGAUUGUUGGAAAAUAGACAAAAAGGAACGAAAAAUAAUGGUAAAACCGGGUAAGAAAGUUGAUUUUGAUAAAGCCUUAAAGGAAAUGCAUAAGAGUUUAUUGAAAGAUAAAUUUGGGAGUACUAAAAUUGGGAAAAGGCUGAAUGCCGACGGGGACGAUAUGCAGUAUAUUAUUAUGGAUGAUGGAAGUGGUAAUUAUAAAGUUAAAAUUUAUCGAGGUGAUAGUAGUGACGAUAGGGAAUUUUCCUGGGAAAAGCAGUAUCAAACAGUUUCUACUUCUUCCCAAGAUAUUUCGAAUAGUAGUUGUAGUAAUUGUAAUCCUUUUUAUACUGGAACUUUGGCAAGUGAAAUAAAUGUGGGGGCAGUGGAAAAGUUUCGCCAACGGGUUCAAAAAGUUAAGGGCAAGAUUAUGCUAAUGUUUGAAGAGAUGUUUCGCAUCUUGGAAGUAAUGGGAAUCAUCAAACUGCAAAAACAAGCGGCCAAAGAUUAUGAGGAAUGA